ACAGAGAGAGAGAGAGCGAGAGAGAGAGAGAGAGAGAGAGAGACCACCAACAUCAACACUACCAGAGACCGUCCCCGACGCCCACACUUCCGGACUGGAGCCUCAGGAGGCAGCUGGGUCGGGAUCAGUGACUGUAAAAAGAAGGUCGGGAUGCAUCUAUCUCCCGGUGCUGUUUGAGAUGAGGAUAAGACGACGACGUCUUCUCCGGUGAAACGGCGAUGCUUUAGACCGGCCCGUUACAAUCUGAGCACAACUGAUCCAAAUCGCGGCGGUUAUUCGCCCAACACUCAGAGGGGAUUCAGGCUUUAGCCAUACUGUCUGUCUGCUGUCAACUGUUGCUUAUUUCCACUGUAAAUGAAUCUUAUAAGGUUUAUGAACAACCGUGUUCCUCCUAACAAGAGAUACCAGCCCACAGAAUAUGAGCAUGCUGCCAACUGUGCCACGCAUGCGCUAUGGAUAAUUCCCAGCCUGCUGGGCAGCUCAGUGUUGCACUUCCAGUCGGAGGACCAAUGGGAGCGGCUGUCGGCCUGGGUGUAUGGGGCGGGACUCAGCUCGCUCUUCAUCAUCUCCACCCUGUUCCACACUGUGGCCUGGAAGAAGAGCCACCUACGGUCUGUGGAGCACUGUUUCCACAUGUGUGACAGGAUGGUGAUCUAUUUCUUCAUUGCAGCCUCCUACGCCCCUUGGCUGAACCUGCGGGAGCUGGGUCCCUGGGGGUGUCACAUGCGCUGGCUGGUGUGGGUCAUGGCCUCUUUUGGAACCACCUACGUCUUCUUCUUCCAUGAGAGGUAUAAGAUCACGGAGUUGAUCUGCUAUACGGUGAUGGGAGUUUUUCCUGCCCUGGUCAUCCUCUCAAUGCCGGAGCAGUCUGGGUUAUAUGAGCUGCUGGUGGGCGGAGCCUGCUACUGUUUGGGGAUGGUCUUUUUUAAAAGUGAUGGUAUCGUCCCAUUCGCUCAUGCCAUUUGGCACCUGUUUGUAGCUAUGGGAGCAGCCAUACACUACUACGCCAUCUGGAAGUACCUCUAUGCCCAGCCAUCCAGUCAGGUCCAGACCUCCAGAUGACAUCCGCGCUGACCUCACAAGUAGCUCUUGUGUUUGAGCAACUUCAAGGGGUUAAUGCGAGCUGUGUCCCAAUUCAGGUGUUGCCUCCUUUGGAAAGCAAGUGAACCUCCUCCACAAAUAAGAUGGUGUAGCCUCACAGUAACAAAAACUAAUGGUGCAUUUAGGUGAUCCUCGUCAACUCGUGAAGCAAAAAAAACCCCACAUUCAUCACAUGGUUCAUCACCAGAAAGUUGCACUCAAAUGGCCAGUACAGUUGUAACAAGUCUACUGCAACGCUAGCUGCUCGGUGAGGCUGUACUUAUGCACAGCGGUGCUUUGAGCUAAAUGCUAACGUCAGCAUGCUAACAUGCACACAAUGACAAUGUAACAUGCUGAUGUUUAGAAGGUAUAAUGUUUCUUAAUAAUUAUAUAAUCAUCAAAGUUGCAUUUUAUCCUGAGAGGGGAAUCAGUGUCUGAACUGCACCUACUUUUAUGGAACUCUAUCCAGUUCAUUUGAAGCCACAAAUACAAACAUCAUGAUGAUGCUAGAGGCUUGGGGAUCACCAAAGUCAUUAAGAUACAUUUUCUGGGGACCAUGAAUGUCUGUACAAAAUUUCGUGAAAAAACUUUGGUGGCACAAGAGGAAAAGUCAAAAGUGGUGAACCGUCUGACCGACUGACAUUGCCAUCUGUAGGCUGGCCAGCAUAGAUAAAGAACCAGUAGUCAAAAACAGGCAGGUUUAACGGUAACUGAGUUUACAGUACCAGUUGUGAUGUUUCUCCUUAACACACUUAUUUACAUCAUUUAUGAGUUCAUGAGGACAUCUGAACGCAUCAUUAACCAAUUGCCCUGCAUGCAAUGGAUUGUAGGAUACUGUGGUGGAUACUGGAAAUAAUUCACCGGUUGUUUUUUGCCAAAUGUGUCAAAAAAAAAAGGCUGCGUUUGGAGGACACUGCAUUGAGGCGGCCUUUUAGCCUGUUGUAAAAACUCUGGACUUCAAAGGAGGCAAACCCGUCAAUCAGGACACAGCUUUUUUUAUUUUUAUUUUUACAGAUCCAGUUUAGUUCGAUCUUAAAAUAUUUUUGCAGGUACUUUGGUUUCAUUCCAAUAAUCAGGGUUUAAUUACUAUUCUUGGAGAUUUCUCUCUAUGUGGUGCAUGUCCUGAUUCAGUGUUCAGAAGCUGAAUUGAAGGCAUUGUCUUAUUGUCAAGUGGAGGACAAUGUUUACAAUUAGCUAACUUGACUAUCAUAGUUUCAGGACAUUAUUUAAAGUAUUAUUAUCAUCAAUAACAGAAGGUUAUGGUUUGAUUAUAUUUAGGAGGUUGCGACAUCAGUAAUUUACUAUUCCAAUUCAGAGCGCUAGAUAGUAUUAUUACUGUUUGUUAGUUGUGCUAUCUACACUGUAGUAUACUAUGUGGUUUAACAGCAGUUGCUUCAGUCAGUGAUUAACUGUGAUUUCUAAAUCAAGCAUGACUUUAGAAUAAUAUUUUCUUUAAUGUCGAACAUACAGAUGUUUAUGGUUUUGGUCUCGGAGACUUGUGUGCUUCCACUUUUACCUGGCUCUACACAGUAGAUUACCAAGCAUAAUUCCUGAAUUCUAAUAGUUUACUGUUGUUGAUUAGGUUUAGUAAGUGGAGAUGUCAUCAGUACAAUUUAUACAGUAUAUAUUUAUUAAUGACGUACAGUAUAUGUUGACUUUAUCUAUAUUUUCUUCUAAUGUACUUAAAGUAUCAGCUGAUUAUCUUCGUCAUCUUCAACUUAAUGAGUGGGACCCAUUUGAUAGAGUCUGUCAAAGUUACAUGGUUGAACCUCAGAAGGGAAAACCACUGUCUGAUUCAGCACUGCCAGAAGACUGACAUACUGCCGUACCUGAUAGCACACUACUACCAUAAACGUUUCACACUUGAAAGGAAACUGAAGCUAUAGUAUUGUUGAACAAUCUGGCCCAAUAUCAAGGCAUCUCAGGUGUGUGUGUGUGUGUGUGUGUGUGUGUGUGUGUGUGUGUGUGUGUGUGUGCGUGUGCGUGUGCGUGUGCGUGUGCGUGUGCGUGUGCGUGUGCGUGUGUCCUAUACUGUCUGACUCCCAUGAAUCCAAAGCCUGUAAUCGGCUGAGUCUAUGUUUACAUGUGAACGCAUGUACCUUGAACACAUAAAAAAGUAUAUUUGAAAUAUGUAUGUACUCUCAGUGUUAAGCUGUAUGUGGUAGCACAUGGUAGAUUGGACGAGCUUGAUAAAUGUGGCUAGAGGACCAAAAGGUCAUACCGUCUAGUAUUCAUAGGUGUAAAAGAAAUGUAUCUUGUUUAACAUCUUUUCGCUGCUGUCUGUCUCUCAGGAUUUGGAUCAUUUGGGCUUUAAAGCCUGUGAAGCCACAUUCAAGGACCACUGAAGCUGCUCCGGUUGUUUGGGCACUGUCUGGAGUAACGAAAAUGAUCAAAAGCUGUAAAGCUGCUUUCUUUAAUGCUGGCACCACUCCAUACAGCUUUUCUUGCUUACUCACAUCACCAAGUAGGGCAGAAGCCCAAAAGGUUUUCUGCAAGUUUUACAUAUGGGUAAUAUUUAUAAAGUAACCAAACAAGAGAAAACUUUAAGACAGAUAGAAAUUUAAAUAGAACCACUACAGAUAUUAGAGCAGCAGAUGUGUUUUUAGAUUAUAAAGAACUAGAAAAGAUACAUUCACCAAAGCUGCACAAACCCCUAAAUGUGCUGUAAAAUCCACAACAUAUGCAUUAAGAUUUGCAUCAAACUACACUGUGAUGAACACUUAUGAGAUGCAUUUUCAUCCAAAUAAGUGCAGUAGUUCUAUAGAAAGUGAGGAAGGUAAAAAAAAAGGUCUUAUCUGCAAUGUUAAUAGGUCAUUAAAAAAAAGUACUGGAUGCACACCAGAAAUAAAUCAUUUGUUUCUUAUAUGGCCAAACUUUACACUUUUUAACAUAUCCUGCUAAUUAGCUAAACAAUAUGAGGAACAAGCAAAGAGAUGGGAAUGCCAGCAUAAUCUUUUUGGCAGAAGUAACAAAUAAUAUUAUAGAAUAAAUCUGCACAUUUCUAACCAGCUGUGCAGGAAUUGUCUCCUUUGCUGCAUAACUGCCCCUAAUCAGGUCCUGGGGUAUACUUUUAAAAUGUAAUAAUGUUCAAUCUUCAGUAUAACUCUAACUUUUUGUAGAUCUAAUUUACCAACCAGCAUAUGAAUGCAUCAUUAAACUGUAGGGUCCAAAAAGAAAAUCCUCUAGUGACAAAAACCCCCCACCAAAAAUCAAUCAAAUGUAUCCAUUACUUUUUGAGACAUCUGACCAACAAACACACCCAGGUUGAAAAUAACCUGAAAGUAACACAAAUAUUUAUUGUUGUCAUUAUACCAUUUAGGUCAUUAGGGAGUGGUAAUUUAUUGUCACAGUGGACUGGGAAUUACAUUUGUCACACUGUGGAUAUCUCAGUUUGGAAUUAAACUCUUUAGAUAUAUUCUCAAAUUUAAGAGUACCUUUUAGUAUUGGUACUCUAAGUGUUUACUUGAGCCUCUGAGAAACACCAAAUGAUUGAGCGUUUACUGUUUUGCAGAACUUGGGAGUAUUAGAGCCUAUUUUGACUUGCUCUACAGGCAGGUUUAGUGACUUGAUAUGAAGUAUUUGAAGGUUUAACGUGCGUCUGUCUUGUCUUGGUUAUAAUAUCUGUCUCAUUCAGGCAUGCAGUGCCCACCUUACUUUGUAUAGAGUUUUUUAAACUCUCCAUGAAGCCUUCAUGGACCCUCUGUAUACGGUUUAUACACACUCUGUGAUUGUGGAGCUGCUGUUCUCAGUGCUGCUGGUGUUUUAUUUCUGGUCAUACGAGACUGAUUAUAUUAUCUAUUAUUUCUCUCUCUAGUUUUCAUAUUGGUUUUUCUUGUGUCUGUGGUGCUUUUGUGCGGUGAUGAGCCUAUAUGACGCCAACAAUGCUUUUAUCUUUUCUAUUUCUCUUGUAAUAAAAAAAGCUUUUUCAUGGAGUA